CUGCAUACUUUGGGCUAUGGAGCACAACGCCACUGCAAGACAAUACCCAGGACCACUCGACACCUGGUUCAAAGUCCUCAUCACCGCCCUUGACACCUUUCUCGCCUUCAUCACGCUGAUGGGAGGCCUGACCACGCUCUACAUAGUAUACAUGAUUAGGAACCAAAGUAGGCGAUUGAGCUGUCUCCUGGGAUGUCUGGCUGUGAGCGAUAUCCUCACUGCUGCUGUGCUGCUGCUUUUCGAUCUUCCAGGCCUCUGGAACGACAAUUUUGCAUGGAUUCUGGGAGGCUUAGCCUGCAAAGCGGGGGGAUUCCUGCAGGCCACGGCAGUUCUGGCCAACGGCAACGUGAUCAUGGCCAUCGCUGUCGACCGGUAUUUGGGAAUCGUGCAGGCGCCCCUGAGGCGGCUGCGCCCCGAAUGGGCGGGCACGGAGGUCAUUCUCUAUAUGAUGUUCAUUACGAUCGUUUCUUGUGGAAUAAGCGCUCCGUACACCAUAUUCUACGGACUGAAGGGACCGUAUUUCACUUACACGAACGGGACCAUCUACCUGGAGGACAUCCACUGCGACAAGUACUUCUGCUGGUCAGACGGAGAUCAGAUCUACUUCUUCGAAGUGGGUCUGGUGUGCGCCAUCAUCGUGCCGAUGCUGUUUACUUUCCUCGUGACGUACGGAUUCCUCAUGCAUUUUUUAAUCCAGCGACGCUCCGUCGGGGUCACCGAUGCUAGGCAGCUCGCCCGGAAGCGGAAGGUGAUGAUCACAGUCUGCGCUAUGAUGAUCAAUUUCCUGGUACUGAGAAUACCAUCCUGGAUUUUUCUUCUGGUACCCCAACCUUCCGAUAAGAGCGAGGCGGGGGCUCGCAGGGCGUACAGCUACACUCACUACAGUUUGCAGUCGCUGACUCUGUGUGCUUCAGCCCUCAACCCCAUCCUCUACAGUCUUCUACAGCAGAGCUACAGACAGUUUCUACCUCAAGUUACAAAGCCUUGCAUCAGAUCAUCUAAAAAGGUGAGACCACUAAUCACCACCAGUUCUCAGCCAUCCUGUGCAACGAUGACGUCACCGGAAACCAUCAGCAGCACCCUGCCUACCAGAUCAACACUGCUCCAUUCGACCAACGCAUUACCGAACGUCAUUAACAACCACGGGAUGACACCCGUUGGGGUUCCUCAACCAUCAGCAACCGUGCAGAGCGACCCAGUGCUUUUCCUGCCAGGAUGUAGCAGUACCUUGUACGAUCAACUGCUGGAGGAAUCCAACCCGUGGAAUAAAGUAGUGACGCCAAAACUAGCCGUCGUCAUGGAAGUGGAAGAAGAGUCAUAUUCUGAACAUGACGGCAAGAAGAAGAAACAUGUUCCUUAAUAAUGUUAGUUCAUCAGAUUGAUGAUGUUAAUGCGUGGCGUUUUGUCAGGCUUCGUGUGGUUAUAAGAAUCCUUUAGUAUGUGUGUGUGUGUGCUUUUAUCUUUAAUUUUCUUCUUAUUUCGUUUAAAACUAACAUUAAAUCACCAUUUUUGUGAAAAUGAAAUAUUUGAUUAUUUACCCAUGAGCAUAUUUAUUGGGAAGU